AUGUCUGACUCUUCCGAUGACCACGGGGAGACGGAGGAAGUGGAGGAAGAUGAAGCUAUCGAAGAGAUCGACACAGAGGCGGAAGAUGGCGUUGCAAAUGAGGAGAUUCCCAAUGAGCUCACGGCCGAAUUUGAAGCAGACCGAUACGUCCAGAAAUACAUGGAGGUCAAUGAAGCAACGUUUGAAGAGGCGCCGUUUCCUCAAGCCAUCAUGGCCGAAGCACAAGAAGCGUGGCACUUUUUCGUGGGGCAGCUGAAUGGACGCGACGCUGCCGGCGAAGCCAUUUACGCGGCAGUCUUUGAUGCCGCGCCGAGCCUGCAGAGCUUGUUCAAGACCGCUCGGUCCGUAAUGGCAAUGCGCUUCAUGAACGGCCUGACAAGCAUUGUGGCAUCAGCUCAGGACGCUAAACAGCUGAAGAACCAGGUAGAGAGCUUGGGCUUUCAGCAUUUGGACUUGGAAGUCACAGUCCCGCGGGUGGGUAUUUUUCGCGAUGCAAUCGUGGACUUGUUUGACAUGGAGAUGGGCCAACGACUCACCACGAAAGCCAAGAUUGGACUCCAGGUCCUUCUAAACUAUGCUGGAGGAGCAUUCAUCUACAUCCGUCGUGAGUAUGCAUCCCGCAUCAGAAUCAUCCAGCGCAGCUGGAGAACUGCCAACAAGGUAGAAGAGGAAGAGGAGGAUCCUCAUGUGAAGGCUUUGCACGAGACGCAGACUGGUGAGGGCAACACCACCAGUGUUACUGCAGAGGGGCAGGCCCAGACUGCGACCACACAAAAGAAGGACACAAAUCCGGCCACAGGUGGAGUCAACACAACCAUGAUGGCCGGUGGUGACAGCAAAGGCAAGAACAAUGUGAAGGUGCCUACCACAUUCAAUGAGAUGUUCCUCUUCAAUGCUGCAGUGAUGGGGUUGGGAGAGAACGGCUGGAUGUCUGUGAUCCUUGAGCAGUUCCACAACAUUGUGACCAAUGUGGCGAACUCCUACCGCCUGCAAGAAGAAUGCGAUGUUUUGACCUUGGUUCUGGACAAGCAGCCAGGGCAGAUUCAACUAUCGGAAUUCAAGGCCGUGAUGCUAGCCUCGCUGCGGUCCCUGGUGCCCAAAGAGUGGGAUUCAGAUCAUGAGGUUGCCUGGAACUGGUUGUGGGAGAACGUAGAGCGCAUGAUCAAGGCCAACCUGGGCAAGCCAGCGCAGCAAGAAAAGGCCUUGGGUCGCUUCAUCGCCUCACUUACACAGGAUGAUAUCUACAACCUGCGGCGGAACAUCUACCAGAGGUUUUUCCAGAUCGCACCAGCUGGACAAGAUCAUUUCAAGCAAUCGACCACCAGACUUUACUUUAUUGCUGACAAGAUCAUCGAGAUGACCAUGGAAAUGUACCAGCAACCUCGUGCUAUGGUGGAGGACAUUUCCGCACUCGGGCUGCGACAUGUGGGUUACGCCAUCCCUACAGAGCUCUUUGCCCCUUUCGUCUCCAGCGCUGUGGAGACCGUGCGAGAGAAGACUUCAGAUGACAUGGCUGAAGGUGCAUUCCGCUGGUCUCUGACGUUGGUCUCCAAGAUUUUGGUCCGCACAAUUCUGGAAGGCAGUACAAUUGUCAUGAAGGCCAUCAACACCAAUUCAGCCAGGGCGCUUAGAAAAGCAAUCGCCAUUGCCCCACGUAGCAAGCGGGCAACAGAGUUGCUCAACAUCACGGUGGGCACUCAGUCAAUAUCACCGUUUUAUUGGGCCAUAGACAGUGGAAGCCUGGAAUGUGCGAAAGCGAUGAUUGAAGAUCUACUGACCAUUCGCGCUGAUCGAGACUCGGCUUUGCACUAG